UUAGAGUACAACAAUAAUGGUCUUUGUCUCACUGAUGAAGUGAUGUUUUUGCGGUACUUUUUCUGGGGAUUUUUCUGUGCAAUCUUUAUGGUAUCCUCGAUAAUGUUGCUCUACAUGUAUUGGAUGGUUCGGCCGAUACAGGGAGUGCAUAGACGUUCUGAUGGAAACAAGAUUGAACUCACCUGGCGAGAAGCUGAACUGUUAUUUACUGAAUUUGUUUCAAAGAAGACGUACAAUUGUGAAGUGGUCGAAGCAGUCGGUAGCACUACCAAAAGCCACGCUGAAGGCGUUCAUCUUACCUGUAUGGACCAAAAAUAUCAACCAAAAGCCCAAUGCAUCGUUUACUCAUUUGGUAUUGCGAAUAUAUGGCACUUUGAGGAUGCAUUUGCUAGACGUGGAUGCCAGGUGUUUGCCUUUGACCCAAGUAUGAAAACUGAAAGUCACAAACGAAUGGACAACUUAUGGUUCUAUAACAUUGGUUUAGGGAAAGUUGAUUCCGAUAACUUUACUCCACGUGUUGAUAAAUAUGUCGAUAAAUCUCAGAUUUUUACCUGGAAAUUGCGAACGAUGAAGUCUAUAAUGGAAAUGCUAGGACACACAAAUAAAACGAUAGAUGUGCUUAAAAUGGAUAUAGAGGGCUACGAAUUUGACGUCAUCUCGUCAAUGAUAGACGAUGGGACAAUAGAACACGUGCGGCAGUUUAUAGGUGAAUGGCACAUAUUUGGAGAUCAGAAAUAUGACUAUCCUACAAAAUAUUCGAUUGCAAAACGACUUUGGAAUUUUGGAUUUAAAACAUUCAAUGCGGGUGUUCAUCCUCGUUGUAAAAAUCGUUAUUGCUUCCAAGUUGAUUUAGGAUUUGUCAAUACCAAACUUGGAAAAUAAAAACAGUGUUUUAGAAAAAAUCUCUAUUUAGAGAAAAUUUUGAUAAAUUAG